CUCAGGCGGCCGUCGGAGAUCGCUUCGACUGUUAGCCAAGACUUCGCCGGCCGUGACUUCAUCCACACUGCCACCACCAGACAGCGAAAAGCGACUGUGGUCAGCGUCACAUGGGCUGGUUUUAUUUACUUUUACCAGAAGGACAAUGCGAGCGCUGUUCAAAGUCUGCCCCAGCAGGGCACAGAUCUUCGACGAUCUCCCCGGCUUGCCGAGAAGGUCUCUCCGGCCCAACCACCGUUGAAGACCCCAUCAGCCAACGAAAAUGGGACAUGGUCAAAAACCCACGGGGUGAAUUUCUAG